CCGCAGCGCGGGCGGCCUUGCCCGGCGGCAGCUGCACCGGCGGCUCCGCUUUGUGCCGGCGGGGCUGGGCGGGGGCCGGCCGCUCGGUAUUGAUCCCCGGGGAGAUACCGUGGCCGCGGAGGAAGUGCUUCGGCCGUUCCCGAAAAUGGCAGUGAAUGUGUAUUCUACUUCAGUGACCAGCGAUAACUUGAGCCGACAUGACAUGCUGGCGUGGAUCAAUGAGUCUCUGCAGCUGACGCUGACCAAGAUUGAACAGCUGUGCUCAGGUGCUGCAUACUGUCAGUUCAUGGACAUGCUCUUCCCAGGUUCUGUAGCUCUCAAGAAAGUGAAGUUUCAAGCAAAAUUGGAACAUGAGUACAUUCAAAACUUCAAGGUUCUACAAGCAGGUUUUAAACGAAUGGGUGUUGACAAAAUAAUUCCUGUGGACAAACUAGUGAAAGGAAAAUUUCAGGACAACUUUGAAUUUGUUCAGUGGUUCAAAAAAUUUUUUGAUGCAAACUAUGACGGGAAGGAGUAUGAUCCUGUUGCUGCUCGACAAGGCCAAGACACAAUAGCACCAAACCUUGUUACUCCAGUUGUGAACAAAACCAGGAAAUCUCUCGGUACUGGCAGUGCAGCGCCGCAGAGGCCCAUUGUUGCACAGAGAACCCCAGCAGGUCCCAGAGCUGGGCCUGGGAUGGGCAAAAAGGGUGGAGGAGACGAUGAAUCGGCAGGAUUGAUCGAGCAGAUCAACGCAUUGAAACUUACUGUUGAAGAUUUGGAGAAGGAGAGAGACUUCUACUUUGGCAAACUGAGGAACAUUGAAUUGAUCUGCCAGGAGAAUGAAGGGGAGAAUGAUCCAGUGUUGCAGAGGAUUGUGGAAAUUCUUUAUGCCACAGAUGAAGGCUUUGUGAUACCUGACGAAGGAGCACCGCAGGAGGAACAAGAAGAGUAUUAACAGACCACAUACUGUACCAGCAGAGCAGCAACAUCAGAAUUCUUUGCCCCAGAUCAUGUGCUUAACUGUAAAAUACUCCACUUUAUUCUUAGAGGACUCACUGGUUUCUUCUCAUAAGCAAAAAGUACCUCUUCUUAAAGUGCACUUUGCAGAAGUUUCACUUUUACAGUGGGUUUGAGUUAGGAGCUCUUUCUCACGCUGUAGCAGAGCAGUAUUCACAUCGAGGUGGUAUAUUUAGGGAGCAAGAGGCUGAAUAUUUGGAACUUGUUGCAGAAUGGUUUGCUGGUAAAACACUGGUUUGUGGGAAGACUCUUUUUGUAUCUAAGGCGGUGUGCAGUAGAGAAAUUAAAGACUGACUCACAGAAAGAUUGAGUUAAUGUGAAAUUGCAGAACAGAAAUUAUAAUAAAUGCCUUAAGAGUAUUUAAAAUAUGCUUCCAUAUGCCAAAUUGAAGUAAUGUGAUGGGAGAUUUUAUGUGCUUCAUAUUGGGGUAGACGUUUGUUUAACUCCAUUCACUGCUGUCCGAGAGGCCUUGCGUGGCAGUCUCACUGUGUCAGCAAGUGCUCAAAAGGGGCUAUUAAAACAAAACUCCAUUCCUAUGUAAAGCUGCUUACUAAGUGAUUAGUUCUCGAUGAAAUGGGCCUUAAUGUUGCCUGUCACAAGAUUAGAGGGAGUAUGAACAGCUGAGACACAUAAAUUACCUUGAAGAGUGCUGAAGCCUUUUUCUGUGGCAUUGUGGCUUUGCCAAAACGUACUGUGUUUUCUGUAAGAAAAGCAAAACAAAGUGAAGGGCACACAGUCUUACUGCCUAAAAUGUCCUUCAGAAGUGAUUUUUCAUCCUAGCUCUUGUUUUUAUUUGUUCUGUUUAUUUUCAUUUCUGUUGGAAUCCUUUCUGUUCUCUCACUUUUCCCUUUCCCAUCCCAAGGAAUGCUGAACACGCCCAGUAGUUGUAACAGGACUUGCACUGUGCAACUGGCUUUGAAUGAAAGUGAAUUGAGCACAUGAGGAUCAUAUUUUUCUGUCUGCUUUCUUUUUUUUUUCCCCCUUUGAACCAGGGCAUAUUAGUAAUAACACUUGCCAGUUCAGUAGUCUUCUGGGGUAAAAACUAAAAGAUGCUGGCUAACAGAGCUAAUGUUAUUGCAGAAAAUACAGUACUGAGACUAACUUAAAUAUUAAUAUUUAAAAUACUUUCCUUAACUGUCCUUUUUUUUUUUUUCUAUCAUGCCCCUCAUUACUGUUGUGUUUGGCAAGAUCCUGCAAGACUUCUGACCCCCUUUCACUACUGAGAUUGAUCAGUCCUGUUGUGCUUGUAUUCAUUUGUUUCUGGUGGUAGCUUGUCCUAAAAUGUGUGUAGGAGAGCAUUUUAUGGUAAUUGUGUAGUGCAUGAAUCUUUGUGAAGUUCAGAGAAAAACCCAAAUUCAGUGAAUGCCAAAAAUGCAAGUAUCUAGCCAUUGUUUAAAAUUGCAGUGGUGCUAUUUCUCUUGUGGCCUUUUAGACUUCUGUUGCCCUAAAACUCCAUUUUACUGAGAAACCAUAUUUGACUUGGAUUUUUCUUGACAGGGUUUUUCUAUUUUAAGCAGUUUCUAAAUAAAGUUCUGUAUUUCAAGAGUGUCAUGUCUGCUGGAGUCUCUCAUGCUUUCAGAUACGAUUAGGCAGAGCUGUAGCCCGUGAUAGUUUCACGAUGAAUCUUGCAGGACCUGGAAUUUCAGCUUCCAUUCCCUAGCCCCAGGCAUUGCUAACCUCAGUAGCAGCAGUAUUGGAACUUUGUUUGGAGUGUGCUGGCACAAAUGGUUGUUUUAUUUUUUGGGGUUGUUUUUUUCUUUCUGUGUUUUCCUUCCCACAAGUCAAUGGGAUGUUAUUGUGGUAUUGACUUCCUCCUCCUCCUCCUGGUGUGGGAAUAGGGAUGUGUCACAGGAAUGCUGUCACAUGACUUUACGUGUGUUUAACGUGUUUUGAAACUGCUAAAACACUGGUUAUGAGUUACAGACAAACGAGAUGUUAAUUGUUUCUGUCACCAGGCUCUGUGAGCAGACUGACUGUAAACUGAGUUGAUUUGUUUGACUUGAAUUGUGUUUCUUAGAUGAGCUUAAAUGUUCCUGUCACAGCUGUGUGCACAGACCAGCAUCUGCAGAGAAGUGCUCAUGGAAUGGGAAGCGAUCCCUGCAGGGCUUCUCCUGUGCUGGGGAGCACCUUCCCUGCCCCUGAGGGCUCUGUGGGUGCCUUACUGAGGAGAACAGGCACUGCUGGCACUGCCUGCUGGUGUGGCACAGCUGGGGCUGGACAUAGAGCCAGGGUUUGAUGCACAUAAAAUCUUCUUUCCCAUUACUUCCUUGCUUUGAAGUCGGAAGCAUAUUUUUUUUCGACUCUAAAUAUUCCAUAAUUCCAGCAACUCAAAGCAAAAGGUGGCAGCAGGAUGUGGCUGAAGGUGAAGAUGACUUUUGGGAGGUCAGAAGUUGUGCACACUGGGACCUGGUUGCUUCAAGUCUCUUUCCAAGAGGAUUGCAUGUAUGGAACUGAGAAGCAACAGGUCAUCAGAUGGGUUGAUUUUGGUCAAAGCAGGUAAAUGGCCUUUCCUGCUAAGAGAAGGUGGAGUCAGAAUUGCUGCUGGUGUGCCUUGGGAGGCCCGUGGAUGUGCAUUAUAAAGCUGAAUUGCAGUGGCAGUCUGGUCAGCCACACACUGCUCAGAUUUCCAGGUGCUAACAUCACUCCUUUGCUACCAAGAUGAGUCGUAAACUGAAUGGGGACAAACUCAUGCAGCCAGCUUAUGGCUCCAUCAUAACAUCUUGGCAUAAUCUGGUUUUUAAUGUCCUUUUUGGGAAACAAAUUACAAUAGGCUCAACUCAAACCCAUAGACUUAACAUAGCUACUCUGUUACCCUGGUACAGUAUAUGCUGUUAAAUGCUCACCUGCUGGAAUGAUUCUGAUAGCAUCCAACCUUUCCUAGUAUCUUAGUUCUAUCAGUUCUUUGAAAAACAAACAGAAUGGAAGAAGCAAAAGCUCAUGUCUCCUUUCUGUACCAACAUGUCUUACUUGCAGGUGGACUCGUGGAUGUUUUUUUUAACUUUUAUUAUUCAUUUUUUUAAAAAUUCCUGGUUUGCAAUGACAAUUCUUACUGUAACUGGUAAAAAGCCUUCAAAUAAAGGCCAGAAACUUUCUUGUUGUCA